UUCAUAAACGAGCCUUUUGGUAUCUCUUGGAUGUCACAGAUCCAGACUACGAGAUCACCAAAAUGAACUUUGGUUACACUUUCUUUUCGCUUGCUUCUCAUGGGGUAUUGUUGGUGAUUAUGUUUCACUUACCAAUUAGGACAACUACACUUAUCAGCCCAUCUUUUUUCCCUCUUGAGUUAUGGGUCAUGGAAGAAAAGGUUUCUUUUCGUGCACGCUUUGUUAAUAUAAGACUACUGAUGGCAUCCCCAAAAUGGUUGAUAGGACUUACUGAGCAACCUGUGGAACUCAUUGUUAAGAACUGGAUCAUCACUGUUAGUUCUUGGCUUAAACUGGAUGAUUUCCUGCUGGUUGUGCCCAGAGGAGAGGUCUUUCACCGUGCUGAUCAAAAUGUGAGACCAAUGAUGCUACCGAGAAGUUUUCUUCUAUUUUACUCCCUAGCUGAAGGCUCCAUGGUCACUUUGCACGGAUCUCAGAAUGCUGAAGAUGAUAUUGAAGACCAAAGAGAUAAUAGGUUUCUGCUGAGGAUUGUUCUGAUGUUGGUGCUAGCUGCUUUGAGUCUGUUCAUCGUUAGUACAGCCUUCAUGGCUUUACCUAUUUUUCUGGGGAGAGGUUUCCUUGACUCUAUCUCUUUCCUCAUGCUACGAUAUUAUGGACUCAAACGUGACGAUCUUUGUGCUUUUUGGAUUGGAUAUAAUACCUUGGGAGUGAUCUAUGCCGCCACUUUCUAUGUAUAUGAUCAAAUUCACAAGGGAAGAACCGAUUUGCUUCUCAAAGAUGUCUUCGAAUGGAUACGAAAUGGAUCGCUUUUCUCCAUCUGGAUCACUGUGAUACCGGGACUGCUCGGUCUACUUAUCGACCUUAUGAUCAUUAUCCCAACACGAGUACCACUAAAUGAAGCACUGGUCUAUUUCUUGAUCCGAGAUUGGCUGAUAGGAGUAGUGGUGCUUCACAUAUGGGUCUUUCUGACACUGCUCACACCAAUCAACUGUAUUGCAACUGAGGCAUGGAGAAGAAAGCUCGAGAGAAUCAGAACUGUUGGAAUUGAUGGACUUCCUUGGAUUUGGCUGCUUCGAGAGGUGAUCGAAAGCGUCAAUUCAGCAACUGAGAGGCUUAUAUGGCCGGCGUUAUUAGCCUUGAUAGCGGUUUUGUUCUUGGUCAAGCUAACACGUGAAGUCAUCAUCUACCUUCACCAAUUGGUAUUCAAUGAACGUGUUGGCUCAUUGGAAGGAUACGGAGGAGAUUUAAGCUGUCGAUCUUUUGCAUAUUUUCCGAGAAAUGAUGUUAUUAUAAAGGUUAAGGAGCGAAUAAGUUCAGCCUUCAUUGGUGAUUUACCUGAAUCCUUUGGCUCUUAUGAUGAUGGCAUAGUCUUGACUGACCAUUCUCUUUGCAUAUAA